GUCAUAGUUUUGCUCGUGGAAAUAAAGCAUACAAUUACAGGACCAACAUUAUUGAUUGGAAAAAAUCAAAUUUUACAGCGUCUAGCAAAGAACCGUCGAGUACUCACAAGGCUCGCCUCGUAUCAGUUCUCAUCUCCCUCGGAGCGACCUACGUCAUCGGCGACGUGUAUUCAGCCAAUCUCACAAGCUUAAUAGCUAAGCCAGCAAGAGAACGACCAAUAGGAACCCUCGCUGAUCUAGAGGAGGCUAUGAGGGACUACGGGUACGAACUGGUGGUGGAAAGUCAUAGCUCAUCGCUGGCCAUUUUGGAAAACGGUACAGGCGUAUACGGUCGUCUUGCAAACUUGAUGCGUCGGCAGCGAGUGCAACGCGUGCGCAAUGUGGAGGUGGGGGUGCGACUGGUGUUGUCUCAUAAACGAGUGGCGGUCUUGGGCGGCAGGGAGACGCUGUAUUAUGAUACUGAGAGAUUUGGGUCCCACAACUUUCAUCUCAGCGAAAAACUGUACACACGGUAUUCGGCCAUCGCUUUACAAAUCGGAUGCCCUUAUCUCGAAACAUUUAACAAUGUGCUAAUGACACUCUUCGAGGCGGGUAUUUUAGCGAAGAUGACAACGGAUGAGUACAAGAAUCUUCCAGAACAAGCUAGAAGAUCAGAUCCCGUCACUGAGAGUGACAAACAGAGCAGUGACGUCAUGGGAGAUUCUGCAGCUGCCUCACAACCACAAGGAGAAUCCACAAAAGGUUUGCAGCCGGUCUCUCUGAGAAUGUUGAGAGGUGCAUUCUGUUUGCUCGGGAUAGGACAUCUUUUAGCAGCUAUAUCUCUAGCAGCUGAGAUCCAGAUACAACGGCGAUCGAAAAAGAAACGCCAACCUGAAGUCAGCGAGCAAAAGAAGACGCAAAAGUUGCUGGUACUAGGGAAGGCAGUCGUGUUGUUCAAGAGGGGGUAUAGGAGGGUGUGCCAUAGUGUCUACACCGGCAUGGAUCGAGCACUAGGCCCGGAAUAACCACUACCACGUCAUGAGUUAUAGUAAUGUACGAUAGGCUAUAUAAUCUAUUUAGCUGAUAUAAUAGAGUACAAGAAGACACAAAAACUUCACGCCUUAAAUGGAAAGCAGUUUGUCAAGAUGGGCUAUCAGAAGGUGUGCAUUGGGGUUACUUCAGCACGGAUCGAGCUUUGAGCCCGAAAAAUCUCAUAAGUGCAAACGAAUAGAAUGUAUCAAGUAGUCGGCUGCACA